AUGGUCUUCUUACUCCCUUCGACGCCCACAACUCGCUUCGCUCCGGUGUCUGCUACGGCGAGCCUCGCGAGCAGCGCCGCCCUCCGCCUGCACCAGCCUCACGUCCAUGAGCCUGGCGGCCUGAGCGCCUCGUCGCGGGUUGUCCUCCUCGGAGCCUGUGGGAAUGUUGCUCUGGCGGUGCUCAAGACAUGUGUGGGGGCGCUAUCUGGGAGCGCCGUUCUGCUGGCCGAUGGAUACCACAGCACGGGCGACCUGGUCGUCGACGGCGUCUCUUUUCUUGGCGUCCGAGCGCCCGCCUUCGAGCUCGCCUGCACGCUCGGGAUCGCCGCCCUCCUCUCCUCCGCCGGAGCCGCGAUGAUGCUCUCUGCCUGCCAGCCGCUCCUUCUGGCGCUUCCGUGGGCGGGGCCGUCGGCCGGCGCCACUGUCACCACCACGGCGGCCCUCCUUCCGACGCUCAAGUCGGCGGGAGCCUUCAUAGUCUCCGUCGCAGCGGAGUACCUCUUCCGCGUCACGCGCCGCGUCGCCCUCCGCGAGCGCUCCCCCGUCCUCAUGGCGUCCGCAAAGCACCACCGCUCCGACGCCAUGUCCUCCGUCGCCGCCGCCGUCGGGACGUGUGGCGCCGUCUUUGGGUCUCCCAUCGUCGAGAGCAUCGCCGCGGCAACGGUGGGCGGAAUGAUGUUCAUGAUGGGAGGGCGCAACGCCGGCCCAAAGGACGCGGGACAUCCGCCGGCGGAACGCCCGCCGCCGCCGCAGAUGACGGCGCCGGAAGCCGAGGACGUGGUAGAGAUCCGCCCCCCGCGCGGCAUGGGGCCGGCACUCGGCCUGGUGCGCCGGGACUCCUGGCUCGGGGGCGUGCUCGCGGCGCACCUCCGCGACCAGCGCUCGGCGAAGCACGACGAGGGCGACGACCUCUCGGACGACCUCUCUGAGGCCGCCACCGAGGACGCGGGGACGUAG